GAGACAGACAAAAACAGAAGGCCCUAGAGACAGAGAGAUGGAGACAGAGUGAGACAGGAUGACAGAGACACAGGCAACGAUGAACACAGAAAGAGACAAGACAGAGAGACAGUGACAGGGAAAGAAGGAAACAGGAGCAGAGAGGGACACGAAGAUGGAGAAAGGGACAGAGAGAUGAGAGAGGGACAGAGAGGCUAAGAGGGGCAGAGACAGAGAGACAGAGUGAAGACAGACAGAGAGAGACAAAGGUACCGGGAGAGAAAAACAGAGACAGACAGACAGAGACAGAGAUAAAGACAAACCUGGCCAGGCGAGGUGGCUCACGCCUGUAAUCCCAACACUUUGGGAGGCCGAGGUGGGUGGAUCACCUGAGGUCAGAAGUUCACGACCAGCCUGGCCAACAUGGUGAAACCUCGUCUCUACUAAAAAUACAAAAAUUAGCUGGGUGUGAUGGUGCACACCUGUAAUAUCAGCUACUCGGGAGGCUGAGGUAGGAGAAUUGCUUGAACCUGGGAGGCGGAGGUUGCAGUGAGCCGAGAUCGUGCCACUGCACUCCAGCCAUGGGAGACGGAGCAAGACUCUAUCUCAAACAAACAAAAAAAAAGACAAACGCAGAGGCUUCCAGACCAGGAGAGACUGAGACAGAAAGCAAGGCCCAAAGAACCAGAGAAAGAGCGGGAGAGGGAGGAGAGAGACGCAGCGAGCUGGGCGGCCAGUGGGCAGCGGUGGCCAGGCUGCAGGCUCGGGAGUGCCCGGCGGCUGCACUUUCCCCAAGUGGACGCAAGUGUGGUGUCUGGGCGUGCCCGGGUGUGUCUCCAGCCCUCUCCCGCCAAGUCUCGCCGAGUGGGUAAUCAUGUGUGUGCCGAGGGGCGGAGCCCCCUCGAGGGUUGUGUUUUUGCCACUGGGCGUAUCCGUGUGUAUGGUUUGGUGUCUCUGGGUGUGUUUGUGUGGGCUGCCUCAGCGUACAGCCAGACAUGUCUGUGCGUGUCUCGCUUCCCUGGGGCUGGCGGGUCCAGGGUCCCACAUGACCUACGACACAAGGAGGGGGAGGGUUGUGUCCACAGGUUCCUUGCAGAGGGGUGUGCAUGAGGCCAAGGGCAGUGUCACCAGGUCAGUGCACGAUGCUGGGAGGUGAUGUGCAUCACCAGGUCAGUGCAUGCCUGUGUGUCUCCACAGGAGGGUUUGAUGUGUGUCGGAGCGUAUGGUGUACAGAACCAUGAGUGGCUCGUGCUGUGACACAUGGUGAUGUCCUAUGUCGUGUGUCGCUCUGGGAGUCACUGUGCGCAUUCCACACUUGCAUUUGCUGCGUGUAUGUCAGUGUGUGUGUUUUCUCUUGGUGGGCCUCGUGUAUGUAACACUGUGUAUCACUCAGAGAUGUGACACUGUGUCUCACAUCAGGGUCCAUGUCCCUGUUGGAGGCCUCUUCCUUCUCAGCCCCCAGCACCCACCCUGAGUGCCAACCACCCCAAGUGUUUGUAUAGCUGUGUGUUAUGUUGUGUCAGAGGAUACUCCCCCCUCCCCCGAUGCUGGUGUUCUGUGGGUGGCUGUAGGCCUCAGUGUCAGUGGUAUCAGUGAGUGGUGACAUCUGGUGCUUUAUGGGACACGUGGUCAUUUGUGGAAGGUUGGGUGUGUUGGGAAAUGUUGUGUCUAAGUGUUUUGUGUUACUGUGUGCUGGUGUAUUACUCCGUGUAUGUUGUUUGUGUGGCCAUGCAUGUUGGAAUAUAACAUGUGCUGGGUUGUGUGGAGGUAUUGUAUGUCAUGUUUGGGUGUGGCUCAUGGGUCAGAGGUGAUGGUGUAUGUUGCGUUUUUUUGUUUGUUUUUGCUUGUUUUAGAGAUAGGAUCUUGCUAUGUUGCCCAGGCUGGUCUCAAACCCCUGGGCUCAAGCAAUCCUCCCACCUCAACCUCCCAAACUGCUGGGAAUACAGGCAUGAGCCACUGCACCCAGCCGUAUGUUGCAUUUGGGCACUGGGGUCUGUGAAGGUCCAACCCCAUCCCCCUCCCCCGGGGCAUCAUCCUGGGUCGUGUCCUGUGUGGCCAGAAUAUACCAGAAUCAUCUUGCUUCAGGCAUGUGCUUCUUGGAUUUCUCCGUGUGUCGCUGUACCUUGUAGGUCUCUGCAUGCAUCCACUCAGCUUGUCCUCUGACCGUACAUUUGAAUCGCAUCACACACCAGAACAUGCUGAAUCGGUGUGUGUUUUGAAUCAUCACUGCGAGCACUUGUGUUCGAGUCAGCAGGUGCCACCAUGUAUGUGCAAUUCUCUAGGUGCUGGGUGAUUGGGGGCUGCUAUACGUAUGUCCCUAAAUGUUGUGUGUCUACACGUAUUGGGUUUCAUUCCAAGGGUGUGUAGUGUUUAGGAAACUGGGACUGCACAGUGUUUGUGUAGGUGUGUGGUGUGUGGCGUCAGGGCGUCACUACUUUAAUAUAUAUUGUGUGUUUGUGUAACACCUGGUGUAUGUUGUGUUUGUGUGGCCACAGAUGUGCAUCAUCCUAUUUGUGGUGUUUGGGUGUGGCUCUUUGUGUCAGAGCAAGUUGUGACAACUUUGAGUGUAAUAUUUGUGCCUGUGUGUGGACGGUGUUUGGGCGGCUGUGUGCGCCACGGGACACUGCCUGCUUGCUAAGUGCUGGUGUGUGUCACACCAUGUGUGUGGUGUCUGGGUGUGGCUGUGGGUUUCAGAGCUUGCUGGGAGUUGUGAGUCACUCUGUGUAGGUUGUGUUGUGUGCCCUGGUGUGUUAAUCUCUGUCUUGGGCCAUGCAGUGUCCUUCGGUGUCUGGGUGUGGUGAGUGGAGGUGUGUGUCACAAGGUACAGAUCAUUGUGUGUGACAAAGCCCAUCGUGUGUCUGUGUGUGUCUUUAUCCACGUGGAUGGACGUCUCUUUCUUGCUCUGCCCCAAGACACACCCUAGCCCCUCCUUAUUCUCAAAAUGGGGAGCUGGGGAGCCUCCCCCUACCCUGGGGCCUCCCCUGCCCCUCCCCGCCCUGCCUGGCCGUCACCACUCCCCAGAGGGCACAGGGCUCUGCUGUGCCUCAGAGCAAAAGUCCCAGAGCCAGCAGAGUAGGCUGACGACCUGCAAGCCACAGUGGCUGCCCUGUGCGUGCUGCGAGGUGGGGGACCCUGGGCAGGAAGCUGGCUAAGCCCCAAGACCCCGGGGGCCAUGGGCGGGGAUCUGGUGCUUGGCCUGGGGGCCCUGAGACUCCGAAAGCGCUUGCUGGAGCAGGAGAAGUCUCUGGCCGGCUGGGCGCUGGCGCUGGCGGGAACUGGCAUUGGACUCAUGGUGCUGCAUGCAGAGAUGCUGUGGUUCGGGGGGUGCUCGUGGGCGCUCUACCUGUUCCUGGUUAAAUGCAUGAUCAGCAUUUCCACCCUCUUACUCCUCUGCCUCAUCGUGGCCUUUCAUGCCAAAGAGGUCCAGCUGUUCAUGACCGACAACGGGCUGCUGGACUGGCGCGUGGCGCUGACCUGGCGGCAGGCGGCGCAGAUCACGCUGGAGCUGGUGGUGUGUGGGCUGCACCCGGCGCCCGUGCGGGCCCCGCCGUGCGUGCAGGAUUUAGGGGCGCCGCUGACCUCCCCGCAGCCCUGGCCGGGAUUCCUGGGCCAAGGGGAAGCGCUGCUGUCCCUGGCCAUGCUGCUGCGUCUCUACCUGGUGCCCCGCGCCGUGCUCCUGCGCAGCGGCGUCCUGCUCAACGCUUCCUACCGCAGCAUCGGCGCUCUCAACCAAGUCCGCUUCCGCCACUGGUUCGUGGCCAAGCUUUACAUGAACACGCACCCUGGCCGCCUGCUGCUCGGCCUCACGCUUGGCCUCUGGCUGACCACCGCCUGGGUGCUGUCCGUGGCCGAGAGGCAGGCUGUUAAUGCCACUGGGCACCUUUCAGACACACUUUGGCUGAUCCCCAUCACAUUCCUGACCAUCGGUUAUGGUGACGUGGUGCCAGGCACCAUGUGGGGCAAGAUCGUCUGCCUGUGCACUGGAGUCAUGGGGGUCUGCUGCACAGCCCUGCUGGUGGCCGUGGUGGCCCGGAAGCUGGAGUUUAACAAGGCAGAGAAGCACGUGCACAACUUCAUGAUGGAUAUCCAGUAUACCAAAGAGAUGAAGGAGUCCGCUGCCCGAGUGCUACAAGAAGCCUGGAUGUUCUACAAACAUACUCGCAGGAAGGAGUCUCGAGCUGUCCGCAGGCAUCAGCGCAGGCUGCUGGCCGCCAUCAACGCGUUCCGCCAGGUGCGGCUGAAACACCGGAAGCUCCGGGAACAAGUGAACUCCAUGGUGGACAUCUCCAAGAUGCACAUGAUCCUGUAUGACCUGCAGCAGAAUCUAAGCAGCUCACACCGGGCCCUGGAGAAACAGAUUGACACGCUGGCGGGGAAGCUGGAUGCCCUGACUGAGCUGCUUAGCACUGCCCUGGGGCCGAGGCAGCUUCCAGAACCCAGCCAGCAGUCCACGUAGCUGGACCCACGGAGGAGGAACCAGGCUACUUUCCCCAGGAUUGAGGUGAUGGACAUUGUCUCUGCCACUCCUGACCCAGCCCUGAACAAAGCACCUCAAGUGCAAGGACCAAAGGGGGCCCUGGCUUGGAGUGGGUUGGCUUGCUGACGGCUGCUGGAGAGGACACUGGCUAAAGUGGGGAGGCCUUGGCCCACCUGAGGCCCCAGGUGGGAACAUGGUCACCCCCACUCUGCAUACCCUCAUCAAAAAACACUCUCACUAUGCUGCUAUGGACGACCUCCAGCUCUCGGUUACAAGUGGAGGCGACUGGAGGCCGGACUCCUGGGUCCCUGGGAAAGAGGGUACUAGGGGCCCGGAUCCAGGAUUCUGGGAGGCUUCAGUUACCGCUGGCCGAGCUGAAGAACUGGGUAUGAGGCUGGGGCGGGGCAGGAGGUGGCGCCCCCUGGCGGGACAACAAAAAGGACACCAUUUUUCCAGAGCUGCAGAGAGCACCUGGUGGAGAGGAAGAAGUGUAACUCACCAGCCUCUGCUCUUAUCUUUGUAAUAAAUGUUAAAGCCAGAA